UGAGCGGUCCCCACACCAGGGAUCACAAGGGAACCUAUGGCCGUCGUGGUCGAACAUAAUUGCACUCCCUUUAUGUCACGAUAACCGGGUUUUGUCAUUUUUUCUCAUUGUCGUUAAAAACUGAAUGGCGACUCCUAUAUUAAUAGUCGAUUGGGUGUAAACUCACAGGAAAUCCAAUUACACUUGAUCUGACAACGUCACGCCCACGAGGGACGAGGUCACGCAUUAUCCUCGUGCUUUUUCGACCCCCUCACAAUGAGCACUUCCCGACAUUGGCGCCAGAGCGUACUAGAGAUGCGGCUUACCCGUAUGUUGCCUCUUGGAUAGGAGCGGUGCGCGUCGGUGCGUCCUUGGCAGCUUCUCGCAGAGCUUGGAGAGUUUUGCCUGCUGAUAGGGUAAUCUUUUGUACUGUUUUGCUUUCACGUAUUUGUAUUUGUACUGUUGCCAGAGUUGUCUGCUUUGUAGGUGGUAUGGCAUCCUUUUGCCAAUGCAGUUGCACCUGCCUCAGCUGCUCGUGCCCAAUUCCUGUCUGGGCGGCGGGUUUUGCUUCCAGGGCUGUACCGCCAUAUGUGGUAUCUGGGGGAGCGAGUGUCCCUUCAACACAGUUCAGGGGAUAGACUUGUCCCCAAGGAUCCGCCGGAAUCCAUGCUGGCGUCGGAUGAAGAGUUGGCCCGGCUCUAUGCGGAGGCUAGGGGCGAGGUUGUUUGCCGCUCUUGGAGGGAGUUUGUACACAGGAAGGGGAGCUAUGACGACUUCCUGAGGAGGCUGGCUCCACCAGUACGCUUUGUACUGCCGGAGGAGGAGGUUGAUCCUGAGGAUAUUCCUCGUGCUGAUAGGAUCUUCCGCUAUGAGAACUCGGACGGGGAAGAGGUGGUGGAGACCAUUCCUUGGGCUUCUCCUCCGCACCGGAAAUCAUAUGAUGCUGUACCCGAGCAUUACGCCCCUGCGCCUCGGGCGAGAGUGCGUCGCUGGAUGCUCUUGCUUGAUUCUUGGAAGAGGCAGUGCACGAAGCUGACCCGGAAGCUUUCUGGCCGGAACAGAGAGGAGCGCUGCCGAGAUCGUAGAGACUCUAUUGACAGGGAGCCUCAGGCGGAGACGUCCUCGAGAUAGGAGGGACCGAGCUUGGAGCUGGGACAGGGAUCCGGUGAGGGUGCUCAUCAGAGGCACUCUAAUGUAGAGUGGGGAGCUUUCCCUUUCGUACAUGUUGACCCCACCAGACAUUCAUUCAGAAGUGCUAGCGGUUCAAGACCCUUUGUUCCUCCUUCCGGCUACUACUUCAGAGGAAGUGGUCCUCAGCCUUGGGGUGCAGGUUCAUGGGCUUGCUACGCGGAAAUGGAUAGGAUGCGCCAGGCUCAGAUGUAUGGGUCGUAUCCGUAUAUGCCGAUGCCGCCGCCGUAUCAGUAUUCCUCCCCUCAGCAGGGAGUUCAUCCCUCCACUGGCACACUUCGUAUUUCGGAGCAGGAUCCUAGUACCCCUGGGACGGAGAUGGAUCAGGAGUUGGAGCGCCUUAGGAGGAGUAAUAGGGACAAGGCACCUGUGGUUGACGUCACUACUGAUGAUGACUCAGACUGACCCUGCAUGGUAGCGAGUUCCAGCUUGCCUGGGUUGAUUUUGUAUAGGCUGGGUUAUUGUAUUUCUAUAGAUUGAAACUUGAAUUUUUGUAUGGUUUGUAUGGUUUUGAACUUGAAUUGGUUUGUAAAAUUUUGAAGAUUGGCUUUUGUAUGUUUGAAUGCUUGAA